AUGCGAAUUGAAAGCGAGCGCACGUUUUAUCCAUUGCCUCCCGGCUCCACGUUGGGUGAACGGAAAAUCUCCCCCCCGCGCUCCCUCCCCAGCAAACGCCUGCAAGCACCUCGCCGCCUAGCCACUAAAAUGGCCUGCCUGUGCGCGCUCCGAAAGAAAAGCCGCAAAGCCUCCGCGUCCGCUCGCUUUAGUGCCGCCUCGGCGGGGCUUCCGGGGGCGGCCGGGCCCGGCGCCGGGCAGCUGUGUUGCCUGCGAGAGGAAGGCGAGCGGUGCAGCCGAGCGGCCGGCAACGCCAGCUUCAGCAAGCGGAUCCAGAAGAGCAUCUCGCAAAAGAAGGUGAAGAUCGAGCUGGACAAGAGUGCAAGGCAUCUUUAUAUUUGUGAUUUCCACAAAAACUUAAUUCAAAGUGUCCGGAACAGAAGAAAGAGAAAAGGAAGUGAUGAUGACGGUGACUCGCCUGUGCAAGAUAUCGACACUCCAGAGGUUGAUCUCUUUCAGUUGCAAGUAAACACACUAAGAAGAUACAAAAGGCAUUUCAAAUUGCAGACCAGACCAGGUCUUAACAAAGCACAGCUUGUUGAAAUAAUUGGAUGUCAUUUCCGGACAAUUCCUGUGAAUGAAAAGGACACCUUAACCUAUUUCAUCUACUCUGUGAAGAAUGACAAGAACAAAUCUGAUCUGAAAAUGGAUAGUAGUGUUCACUAAAUAAAUGAACUUGAGACUUGGCAGACCAAAAAGACUAUUUUGGAUGUGCUGAAACUUUCUUUGUAACUGGUAUUCAGAUGAAGAAUUCUGAUGUUAUUUUUCUUGGGAAAAAUACAGCUCAUAAAUGAGAUUUCCAUGGUAAAAAUAUUUUAAAUAAAUACUAUUGAUGUUGCUGCA